AUAGAAAACACAAGUAGAUGUUUAACCAAUCAAUUAUCAUCUUUUUAACCUUAUAUAAAAAGUAAAACUGAAUUCUUGCACAUUAUUGUUUGCUUGUCAACAUGGAAUAUCAACGUCACUACCAGCCAACCUUUACACAUCUUAACAAUGUGAGAAGUAACAACCAGAUAAUGCAUCAAUACCAGCCAGCUUAUUCUCUGCCAACUAGUAGUAGAUCAACAAGUCAGAUGUCAUACCAGCAAAAUACGAUGCUAAAUCCUUCCUCUCAAGACAUAACUAUGGCCACACUACAGAACUUUAAUACACAAUCUGACAGAGGAGAUCAGCCACCAAAAUGUGAUCUAAGAUGCAAGUGCUGUGCUGUACAAAUGGCUUUUGGACUAGUGUGUGCCUGUAAUCUGACCAAAGAAAGUGUUGGUACACAGACUGAUAUUUUAGUUCUCAACAUGACUACUGAAGACUACUUCAAACCAAAGACAACUGCCUUUAAGCUAUUACAGAACCAGAAAACCAGUGUCCUCCAUACAACCAAACUGAGCAGCACAUCUGACAAAACUUUUGAGGACAGUGUUUCGGAAGUUAUCAACUUCAUUAAUGAUCUACCAGAUACACCUAGAACCAGAGAAAAAGUUAGAACAAGGUUCAGAAAAAGAAUGUACAACCAAAAGGGAUAUGAAAAAACCAAAGAGUUAGCCAUAGCAACUGGCGGUAGUGUUAGAAAAUUGCAGUGGAAGAAAGCCAGAGAGGCAGUAAUACCACCAAAACAACCCAGGGCAUCCUUCAAACAAAGGAAUAUUUCAAUUGUGAGUUCCGCAACAACAUCACCCAUAUCUUCCCCUGCUGUGUCUCCGGUAUCUACUCCAGCAAAUUCUCCACAAACUUCACCCACUCAACCUCCAAUGAUUUCUCCUGCUUCAUCAGUCUCUUCUCAUACAACAGAACAGCUUCCACAGACAAACAGUUUAGGAGUUUAUUUUAAAGUAGGAGACAAUGUCUGCAUUGCAAGUGGCGGCAAGACGUAUGACUUUGCAACUGUGGAAAAGAUAUGGACCUCAAGAGUCGACAUUACCUACCUAAAAAAAAAGCUGGGCCUAAGCUUUCAACAUGGAAGUUGGGUAGUGGUAAACUUUACAAAGACAGUAUUCAUAAGAACAGUGUCUUUCAUUACUUGGGCAAAGUAGAUCAAGUAGAAGGUCAGCUAAUGCAGACAAUAAAGAAAAAACUAAAUAGUCUUUUUUAGUAGACAAUUUUGUAAAAACAUGUAAAGUUUGACUUUUGAAAUAUGUUAUCUUAUUGUCAUUGAAAUUUUAUUUUCAGAUUUUAUCAAAAUUUACUAGUAAUUUAAGGGCCCUUUAUGAACCGAGGCUUUGUGUUGAUGGCUUUUCAUUGACUAAUAAUUGUUUACUUUUUUAAAUUGUUAUUUGGAUGGAGAGUUGUCUCAUUGACACUCACACCACAUCUUCCUAUAUCUAUAAGUUAACAGUUUUGAUUAUAGGUUAAGCUAGCUGAUUGUUUUUUGUAUAUAUUUAUGUAAAUAUUUCAGGUUUCAAUUAAGAUAUAUAAUAUAAAGUACUCAUUGAAUAAAAAUAUAUUUAAUUCAUUUAAGACUGUUCUCUCCUCUUCUAUCUUAAAACUUGCCAGUAAUUGGGAAUCCUAUAGCUUUGUUUUAAGUUUAUCCAUGAACUACCAUUUAAAAAUUUUGCACACUAACUACGACUUUUUUCCAUUAAAUGUAUCACAUAGAGUUAAAAAUGUCAUGUUUACAAAACUAUAGAAAUUCUUGUUAUAUUUUCAUGGUUUUUGAAAGAAAAAAUGUGCCAAUGUUAAGUGGAGGAAAAGUUGAGAACAAUAUUUAUUUUUUGACAAAUUUUCAAUGUAUUUAUCUUGAAAAAACGCACACAGACCAAUUAUUUGUUUUCUGCUUUUUCAGUCCCUUUAUUUAUAUUAAAUCAAUUUGUAAUAGUAUUGUAAAAAGCUGGUUAUUUUUACACAGAGUAGAAAAUACCCUUUAACAAGUUAAAUUAAGGAGAUAAGAAACACAAAGAAUACUUUGUUUAUUGUUUAACUUAGUUGUCUUGUAUUUUUAUUGUUAACAGGCAAAUAUGUUUUGAAUGUUGAAUUGUCACUUUACUGUUUGUCAUCUUACAGGAAAAAAUUAAAUUUCUUUUUGUCGAGACUUUGGGUUUUCCCUGUGUUAUUGUUAUAGUAUUUAUAAGUUCAAAAAUGGUUAGUGAGAGAAGUUGUAUAAUAGGUUCUUGUUUUGGGAAAAAGAUAUAUAUAGGUAAACUAUGCAAAGACAUACUUUGGCGGUUCAAAAGGUGGGGUUCAGUUAUGUUAUAUUAUUUUUUCACAGAAUGUAUGAUUUACAAUAUCAAAUAUGACUUCAGUCCAUUUAAAUAAUGUAUUGGACAUUUUGUAAUUUGUUUUGUUUGAAUAUUGUUGUUAUAAUAUAUAUGUUUAUUUAUAAUGUUUUAACAUGAUUAAAAUUGCUAGCUAGAAAAG